AAGACCAAAGCCGGAAGUGUAUCCGUAAACACAGCUGUUGUGGCCGUGUUGUCAAAGAUGGUGUACGUGUCCAACGGUCAGGUCCUGGACAACAGGUUACAGUCCCCAUGGAGGCUGUCCCUGCUGGUCGACCUGUUCUGGGGAGCAGUGGAGUUCAUCGGCCUGUUUUUUAAAACGCUGGUUCAUCCUGAUUUGACGAAAGAUGGACAGAGUGGUACGUCACGCUUCAGUGACGGGAGAGGCCCUCCUGGGCCACCUGGUGGCAGAAGGCGGAUGGGGAGAAUAACCCACGGUGCGGGCCCCAAUGCUCCACCAAUGGGUGGAGGAGGAUGAGGAAGGUAA